AUGAAUCCGAAACGUUUCUGGAAUAAAAGUCUUGCUGGAACAGCUACAGCUGACUCUCCAAUGCAGCAUUCUUAUGUGUUCUUUGGCAUUGCUUUGCGUGAAUCGACUUUACUUGACGUAGAGAAGACAAAACAGUUCCUGCAACUGCGAGAUCUCUUAAGGAAGUCUAAUCGCCUUGAUGCACUACGUCAACUCGACGAGACAAUUGGCGAAAUUCAACAGCGAUCCAUCAGCUGGCUCCAGCUGAAGGCUUUUUCUGGCGAGCGUGGCACUGACAGUGGUUUCCAUAGCUGCCCCAAAGGUGCCUCUUCAGAAACAUUCUGGAACCUCGAGGACCAGCCAAACCCCGUUAUACCUCCCAAGUAA